UGCAAACACAUCGCAAGUACUGAAGUAGCUGAAGGGCGACCCAGCUACGCGACGCCACGCUACGCUAGGCUAGGCUGCUGUGGCAUUCAGUGGACUGACUGUUUUCAUGUGUGUGGACGGACGCCUGCUUGCAAGCAGGCACCUUUGAGGAAUAAUUCGCUCAAGCAAAAGUGUGUGUUGUCCCUCACGGCCAUCCAUCUACCAUCUGUCAAGUCAGCCCUCCCCCUCCCGCCCCUCACUCUCACUAGGACCCACAUAGCCGUUGACCACACCAUCGCCACCAACACUACCACCACCACCACCACCAGCAGCGGGCGAUUCUGGCGGACCGCUCUGACGAUAGAGGGCCUCUCUCGCCUCCUGACAUCACACACACCACACACACAGAGAUACCGAGGCGGGGGAGGGUGAACGAAUGGUGACUGUGUGUCUGUGUGUGUUGGUUGGCUUAUCGAUACGGACGUCUCUCAUUCUCUGCAGGUAGGGCUGCCCCUGGUAGGUGAAGGGUACGCCAUGCCUCUCCUCGAACUCCGUCAGCUCCCCCAUCAGCACGUCGUCCAGCUCAGACAGUUGCCCGAUGGUCUGCUCGAUGUCCGCACCGUUGGUGGUGGCGGUGGCGGCGGCUGGUUCGUGAGGGUGGUCUGGGGGUGCGGCGACGAGUGUCUGGAGCCGCUGCUGCAGCUGCUGCCGCUGCUGCCGCUGGGUGAUGCGGCGGAAGAGCGGUAGCCGGUUGGACAGCUGCCGACACUCCGACUCAUAGACCUGCACACUCGCAUGGCCAAAGGCGUGUGUGCGUGUGUGUGUGUGUGUGUGAGGAGAGGGGUGUGUGUGGGUGUGUGUGUGUGUGUCUCACGUUUUGGAGCUGAGGUGUGUAGGGCAUGACGCGCUCGCAACGCAGCACGAAGUCCAAUAUCUCGUCGCCUGCAGUGCAGUGCAGUGCGCAGUGCAGUGCACACAAUCCAUCCAUCCGUCCAUCCAUCCACAGCUGGCUGAUGAAGCAUCCAUCCAUCCAUCCAUCUCCCACUCACGCGAGUGUGCACGCUUACGUGGCACGUCGAGUGUCUCCCAGAGGCUCUGCAGCGUGGCCCUGAGCUCCGGCCAUGUCGCUGACAUGCUCCCACCCCCCACAGCAGCCCCACCUCUCGCCUCAUGGGCAGACCUGCUCUCGGUCAUCAGCUGCCGCCACCAUGAGAGAAGAAAAGGUCUGGGUGGGGUGUGUGUGAGUGUGUGUGUGUGUGUGUGGUGGCUACCUCUCGUUCGUCGUGCUGCCGCUGUUGGUGUAUGUGUUGAGAGAGCCUCUCGACCUUGGCCGCACAGGCGUCCUCCAUCUCACCCACGGCCUCAUCAUAGCUGCCAGAUACACAGCCACCACAGACAUACUUUCUUCCAUGGCAUGGACCACACACAUACAGACAGACACAGGGAUGACGCCCCUCUCUGUGUGUCAGCAGGGCAGGGGGCGGGGGCGGGGGGGAUGUGGUGUGCUCACUGUUGCUGCGCUGCUUGCUGGUAGUCGAUUCGCCACUUGGCGAGUGCCAUCUUGAGUUUGCGGAUCUUGGCGAGGAGUGCGUCCUUCUCCUCGCCCCACAGCCGCUGCACUCGCUGCAGCUCGCUCUCAUAUGAGCGACACUGACACCACACACACAACCGUAUACGCGCCUCUCUCUCUCUCUCUCUCUGUGUGUGUGUGUGUGUGUGGAUGGGUGCGUGAGUGUCGGUCGGGUACCUACCUACCUGUGCGUCAUGGUGGUGUUUGAUCUUGUGGAGUUCCUGCUCGUAUCUGAGCCUGGUACCCUGCUCGAACGACUGCAGUGCGGUUAGCUGCUGCUGCGACAGCUGCUGCAGCUCCGUGACCCAACGGCGGUCCGUCUGCUCCGAGAUGGCUGACGCCUCGUCGAACUCUUGCUGCACUUACACACACACACACACAUCCAUGGGGUGGGAGGGGAAAGGGGGGAUGGGUUACCUUGAGUUGCUGCAGCUGGUUGGUGUAGUGUUCCUCGAGCUGUGAGUCGAUGCGCGUCGUGGCUUCGGUCUGCAGCCGGUCCCAGUCCUGCCGCAGACCCUCCAGCUCCUUCUCAUACCUGCACACACGCGCAUCGUGGAAGGAAGGAUGCGCCAGUAGUCUGUAGCCAGCCUGCCCGACGCCUAGCUACUUGAAGCAGGUCUUCUGCUCCAGCUCGUAGAGGCUCUCAACAUGCGCCUCCGCGCGACGACGCUCCGAGGCAGCCUACCACCCCACCCCACAGUGACCACACCAUUAGCUAACACAUACACACACAGCCAUGGACACACACCCAGACGGACCUUCUCGUCGAGAGUCUUGAUCAGCUGCCCGAGCCUGUCGUUGGCGGCCCUGUCCUGCUCCUCCCUCAUGGCCUCGAUGUGCGCCGCACACCGCCGCUGCAGCUCCUGCUCGAAGUGCACCCGCUCGUAGUGCACGCGACGCACCUCCUCGCCCACUAAGGUUGCCUGCACCACCCAAGGGACCAGACCCAUGGCACGUGUGUUGGGAGGGGAGGGUGUUGGAGGGAUGCGGCGCCGGCUGGUGUGUGUGUUUGGUUGCCUGUUGUUGCGUUUGCUGCUCCAUGUGUUUGAUGAGUCUCUGUUUCUCCUCCUCGUGUGCCGCCUGAGUGGCGUCGAGCAGCUGACGGUACUUGGACAAGACCGACUGCUCCACGGACAGAUAAUGCUGCACACAGAUAGAUAGACACAGACAGACAGACAGACCGACAGGCGGACAGGGAAACGCGCGAAGGGGUUGUGGGGCUGUGUGGUCCUGAGUCAGUCGUGUGUGUCAUGUGUUGUAUAUGUGUGCGUGUACCUUACCUGGUCGAUUUGCUGGAGCUUGUGCAUGGCCAGCGUCUGCUCCUUCUCCCAAAGGGCCAGCUGCUCACGGUGGUGGGACGCAAGCAGCGCAUCCACCUGAACACACAUCUAUUCUACUCGACACACCCGUAUGGUAUGUGCAGGUAGGUCAGAUGGCUGACCUUUUCGGUGUAGGUCUGCACAGACCUGGCGAGGUCAGUGCUGUAGAGGCCCUCAGAGCGGCCCCACGUGUCGGCCAGCUUGGACAGGGCAUCCUCCUGAGCGAUGGAUAGAUAAACAGGAUGCACCGGUGCGAAGCCAAGGAGCGGUACACACCUCCUGCUGCCUCCACUUCUGCUGGUGGGUGACCAUGCGCUCGUCGAAGUCAGCCUCAAUCCUCCACACACACACACACGCACACACAUACACACGCCCACAUGGACUCAUCAAGACAAAUGGACUCGGCAUCCAUGCCAUGUGUGCGUCGGUCUUCUCACUGUUUGGCCUUCUCCCGUGCGUUGUGUUCGAGGGCCUCACUGAGCUGCAGAAACUCUUUCUUCAGCUCAGUCUGUAGCUGCACGCCACCCACCCCACCCCACGCCAUCACACCCACCCACACACACACACAGAGAGAGAGAGAGAUGGGUGCCCACACCACAGACGGGAGGGUGGCUGCAUCACGCACAGCACAGCUACACACAUACAUACCCGCUGGUCUUUCUCCUGCAGUAUCUUGGUUCGCUCCCGCUGCCACCUCUGCUUGAAGUCGACCUCCAGCCGAUGGCGCGUGGAGCCUACACUCGCCUGCAGUGCAGUCCCAAUGCACAGGGAGGGAUGCUUCCUUCCGGGCAGAUGUACUUGCCUUGCGCUCGUCCACCCACCCAGCCACCGACCUGUUGCUGCUGCACUUUGCCCUGGAGCUGCGACAGCUGACGGGACUCAUCCAGCAACGCACUCUGAACAACGCACCAACAGAACAAACCAAUGCACACGCGCAUCGCACCCCACCUCCCUCUCUUCGCACCUUGAUGCCCUCCAGAGUGCCGCCCGCCUCCAUCUCCCCCUCCCCCUCCCCACCCACAAUUGGCCCAUCCUCUGCCAUAGGUGGUGGUGAUGGCUGGAUGCGUGUGCCACGGUGAGGUGAUGGCGCCUUGGCCUUCGCAGCAGAUGCAGCAGGCGGACUGAAACAAGGAACGAGGGAACACACAUGAGCGCAUGGAUUUCUUCUGGCUUCCUUUGGUUCUGCUUACGGCGGCGGAAAGUCUACAGGGGCUCCCUCGCCCGUCAGCACAAAGGGCUCGCGCUCAGCACCGGCCAUCUCACCCAGAUCUGCCCUUCCCUUGUCCAUCUGCUGCUGGCGCUGCCACGGGCCUCCCCUUUCGUCUACUGGCACUUCCGCUUGGCUGUCCGUAUGCGAGCGGGGCAGGGACUCAUCGCUGCGGUGGGGAGAUGCAGCCGCAGAUCUCUCCGUCUGGGCGCCCCUUCCAUCAUCUGAGGACCACAUCCGCCGCCGGACUAAAGGCGAUAGAGGG